CUACUUUCGAUUUAUCUACUGUCACCUAAAAUGAACAAACACGAAUGGGAUAUAAUUCGAAGAAACAGGGUUUUUAUUCAUAAGAAUGUCUCUAAUAUCAACGAAGUUGCCGAUUUACUUUAUGAAAAGGGGAUUCUGACUUUGAACCAGAAAGAAUGUGUCGCGUCCCAGCCAGUUGACAGAAGAGCAUAUGAGAUGCUUGACAUAGUGGUGAAGAGAGGACCGCGGGCCUUCCCUUGUCUGGUGGAGGCUCUACGCGAAACUGAAAAUCCAGCGGCAGCUAAUCAAUUGGAGGGAAAUGCUGGAUCCACCACUGAUCCAAACAAAACCAAAACAGACACAAAGCCAGACCCUCCCAAUAAACUCCCCACACACCACCAAGGGGUACCACCAUCAGAGGACAACAGUUCAUAUGUUGAAUGGAUGGAUGAUGUAGAACUGACUAAACUUGAAGACAACUUUAUUCGUACUGAUCCCAAGUUUGUGAUGGAGAUGAAAAAACUUCACGAUGAACAUAUGUACAAUAUGACAGGAGAUAAGAGUAAGCGUGGGAAGUGUUUGAUGAUAGACAGUAUCCCCAAUGACUUCUGUCAGCAGGGAGAAUGUCACACCAUUGUUGACUCCAGUAAAACUCUGAUACACCAAACCCUCAAACAAUGUGGCUUCAAGUGUAUCUACUACACCCGGAAUAGUGGAACCUCUCAGACAAUAAAAGAGAAGAUACUUCAGGAGAUGAACAAGCCGGACCAUGUACAGUACUCCUCCUUUCUUGUGAUAUGUGUGACCACUGGCCCUAAUCCACAAUACAUAUAUGGCAAAGAUGGUGAGAAGGAUUGCUUGCCAAUCCAGGAAAUACAGGAUAUGAUGUCAGAAUGUGAAGCAUUUAGUAACAAGCCAAAGAUGUUAAUGGUUCAUACUGUGCCAGAGUCAAGCUUGAAAUGUGAUCACAGCUUCCCAUUGGCUGAAGACAGGGAUCAAAGGUUAAGUGACUCCAUGCAGUACCUGACUUUGGAAGCGAAGGACACCAGUUCACUGAAUGGUGGGGACCUGUUUGUUGUGUCUGUGCGACUAGAACCAGGUAUUAGUUUCCUGGUCAAAAUUCGAGGUAAGACAGGAGCGUAUUUCAGUAAUGCAUUAGUCUAUGUGUUGCUGAAGCAUGCUGCCAACCGAUCCUUUCUGGAAAUGACAAAAGAGAUGGAUAGGUUGUUUGAGUCUUGUGAGUACGAGGGUGAGGACAGUGUGGAUGCCAAUCCCUACAACAAGCGAGUUCAUCGGCGAGUGAGAGUGGCUCGACUGACCAUCCUGACAAAGCCGGAGAAAGAACUCUUCCUCUUCCCCCAGUAUGAAGACACAGGAACACAGGUGUCUGGUUAGAUCUAGGAGAGAGAGUACCUCAUAAUGUAUGCUCGGAAAUCAGAGGAAACACACUGGAAACAGAUAUGAAAUUACAUAUAUUGGUGUAAAACAGGGAGAGCCAUUCAACCCUGUGUUCUAACAGCCUGGCAGCCUCAGUAUCAAAUCCUGACUUUCUUCUGUAGACUUUACGAACUGUGAUAAUUUCAUUUAGACUUUUAAGUUUUAAUCUGUAGUUUUUUUCCUCAUUAUUUGUAAAUUUCAUGUCAACAUGCUAAUAAUGAAUACUCCACAUGAUAUUGA